GUGAGACAGAGCGAUCUGAGCUCUAAACGAGUAGUAACAGCGGCACCAACUACUCCCUGCAACUAACUACUCCCUGCAACUAACUACUCCCUGCAACACCAACUACUCCCUGCAACACCAACUACUCCCUGCAACACCAACUACUCCCUGCAGAACCAACUACUCCCUGCAGAACCAACUACUCCCUGCAACUAACUACUCCCUGCAGAACCAACUACUCCCUGCAGAACCAACUACUCCCUGCAACUACUCCCUGCAACUACUCCCUGCAACUACUCCCUGCAGAACCGACACAGUGACUGCUUUUUACUCUGGUCCAGAGACUGCACAAACCCCCGGAGACUGCACAAACCCCCGGAGACUGCACAAACCCCCGGAGACUGCUCCCAGGACAGGGCUGGCACUUGGGCACCACUGGCAUUGCGGCCCCGCAGGAUAAUUGUGUCCCUGACUGGAUCCGCCUCCCGGCAGAGCUGGCACAUGGCAGACUGAGCACCUUGGGAUCAUAACUACCAGAGGGCACUUUGUGACAGUCCGGGGGAGGAGUCGGGGGAUCGGGGAGUCAGGGAAGCGCAGACAUGGUGGACACUGAGAUGCCAUUUUGGUCGAGUUUGAGCUUUGGGAUGAACGCCAUGGAGGCCCUGGAGGAGCACUGCCAGCCCUACGACAUUAAGCCAUUCGCCACCGUAGACUUUUCCAGCAUUAACUCUCACUAUGAGGAUAUUCUGGAUGAGAAGACUUUCCUCUGCCGCGGCGAGCAGUCGCCCAUUGACUAUAAGUACGACCUGAAGCUACAGGAAUGCCAAAGUUCCAUAAAGCUGGAGCCCCCGUCCCCACCUUAUUUUUCCGACAAAACGCAGUUCAGUAAAGGCCUGGAAGAUGCCCCAAAUUCCUUCAUAGCUAUUGAAUGCAGAGUUUGUGGGGACAAAGCCUCCGGGUUCCACUAUGGCGUCCACGCAUGUGAAGGUUGCAAGGGGUUUUUCAGAAGAACCAUCAGGUUGAAGUUAAUUUAUGAAAGGUGCGACCUGAAUUGCCGGAUUCACAAGAAAAGCCGAAAUAAAUGUCAGUUCUGCCGGUUCCAGAAGUGCCUGUCGGUCGGCAUGUCCCAUAACGCCAUCAGGUUCGGGCGGAUGCCGCAGGCGGAGAAGGAGAAGCUAUUGGCUGAGAUCUCCAGCGACAUCGACCAGUUGAACCCGGAAUCGGCCGAUCAGCGCGUCCUGGCCAAGCACUUGUACGACUCCUACCUGAAGUCCUUCCCAUUGACCAAAGCCAAGGCGAGGGCCAUCCUGACCGGCAGGGCCACCGACAAAUCCCCGGUGGUUAUAUACGACAUGAACUCGCUGAUGAUGGGGGAAGACCAGAUCAAGGGGCAGUGCCAGGCGCCGGAGCAGAACAAGGAGGUGGCGAUUCGCAUCUUUCAGCGCUGCCAGUCGCGCUCCGUGGAGGCCGUUCGGGAGAUCACGGAAUUCGCCAAGAACAUCCCGGGAUUCGUCAGCCUCGACCUCAACGACCAGGUGACCCUCCUGAAAUACGGGGUGCACGAGAUCAUCUUCACCAUGUUGGCGUCGCUCAUGAACAAAGACGGGGUGCUCAUUGCCGAGGGGCAGGGCUUCAUGACCCGCGAGUUCCUCAAGAGCCUGCGCAAACCCUUCUCCGACUUCAUGGAGCCCAAGUUCGAAUUCGCCAUUCGCUUCAACGGCCUCGAACUCGACGACAGCGACUUGGCGAUAUUUAUAGCAGUUAUUAUCCUUAGCGGAGACCGGCCGGGGCUGCUGAACGUGGGGCCCAUAGAGGAGAUACAGGGGAGUCUGUUACAGGCGCUGGAGCUGCAGCUCAAACUCAACCACCCGGACUCGGCGCAACUCUUCGCGAAGCUGCUGCAGAAGAUGACGGACCUGCGCCAGGUGGUGACUGAGCACGUGCAGCUGCUGCAGCUCAUAAAGAAGACGGAGGCGGACAUGUGCCUGCACCCCCUCUUACAGGAGAUCUACAAAGACUUAUACUGAGCCCCCCCAAACCCAGACGCACUCGCCCCCAUUUGCACUAUUUCUAUAUGGGAAACGCAACGAUGCUGCAGAGCCACGCCCACAGCGCCUUAUUGGCUCCUCAGGAUUCUGACUCUCGGAGAUUGGAUCUGACACCUGGGGGGGCAACAAUAUGCAAACGUCCUACUUUCUACAAAGGUUUAUAGAAGCCCCCAUGCAAUUAAAUGUCUCGUUAUUAAAUGUCUCGUUAUUAAAUGUCUCGUUAUUAAAUGUCUCGUUAUUAAAUGCUCGUUUUUA